UCAUAUAUUAAGCGUUUCAUUUGAUUCAGUGCAUUAACAAUGAUACCUCUAGCGUUUGUUUGCUUAAUAUCAUUUGCCCAUGGGCAAAUUGAUAGUAAUAACAUCAUCACGUCACCAUCAAACUGCCUUCCACCUAAACAGUUGAUUAACGGAAUCUGUCGGGACGUCUGGCGUCAGGGACAAGAAGCCGACCAACAAAACGUCAUAAACGUUCCGCCCAACUGUAAAGAAGGUCAAGAGCUUGUCAACGGCGAGUGCCGAGAUAUUUGGUACCAGAUCCCAGCACCUACGGCAGCAGGUAACCAACCAAGCGUCAUAACAGUUCCACCCAACUGCAAAGACGGCCAAGUAUUGAUUAACGGCGUGUGCCGGGAUGUUUGGAGGAUCUCGGCUCCAGCACCACGAGCAGUAAUUCCUGAGGAUCACAAAGACAAAAACACAAUUGUGGUACCUCCAAACUGCAAGGAAGGACAGCAAUUAAUCAAUGGCGUGUGUCGCGAUAUCUGGCUCAGACAUCUCACCGCGUCCCUUGCUGAUGAAGAUGAUCUUAAUGUACUUAUAAAGAACAUUAUAGACGUUCCAAAUCAAUGCCCCAAAGGAUAUAGGCCCGAUGCAAACGGAGUAUGUCGUCCUAUAUUGUAAAAAUCUAAAAACCUAUCAUAGUCGUAACAGCUAAAUCAUUAUCUGUCUCUUUUCAUUGUAGCGUAUGUUAUUUGGUAGAAAGAGCCACAGAACAGUGAUUAUGGUUUUUAUUAACUUUUAUUAACAUUCCCGUCAAAUUCAGGCACAGCGUAUUACGUUGCGCAUAAAAUGACAUUGACAUUUAUUGAUUGUGUGAAUUUAUUAAUGAAAAACCCAUGUCUUCAAUUUUAUGAUAAUAUCUGGUUAAAAAGUAAGCUGUCUCUCACCUAUUUAGCAAUAUAAGAUUAUUCUCCCCCCUCCCCCUCCACCUUGGUAAAUGUCUCAAUACAUGGAAAUAAUCGCUGACGGAUAUAUUUACCAACAAAACACUAAUUUAAACCGGUUGACCUGUUUUUGAGCGUGCUACAGAAAAAUUAUAUACUCCAGCUAAUAUAUAUGUAGACUUGACAUAGCAAAAUCAUAUUACGUAUAUGUAUAAAUAAAGAAUUAUAUGCA